AUAGAAAUAAUCCGAAUUUUUUCUUACUAUAUGAGCGAGACGAAUAACGAGGAAAUUAAUAAAAAAUUAUGUCAUCGUUAUUUUCGAUAAGAGCAAGAAAUAAUGAAUCAUUCUCAUUGUUCUCGUAAUUAAUCCCCUUUAGCUGUCAGUCGACAAAACGUAACCGUUGUAACAUCAACUGCUGGUGUAUUGCACUACGACACUCGUCUGACUUAAAAUAGAAGAAACGACGAGACCGUGAUCAGAAAAAUGAGGUUGGUAAUGCUUUUUCUAUUCCUAUUCUCGCUAGUAAAUUGCUGCCAACAUUUCUGAAACCAAUGGGGGAACUUCUCGUGUAAAUCGCCAAUAUACAAAUGCAGAGGAAAUAGAUUUCGUAUUAUAAACGGUACAGAAAUGAUACCUCGUUGGAAUCAUACGAAAAUUAAUACUUGUAUAUCGAAUGCUGAUAGGUGCCAUAUAUCCAAUAAGCAUUCGUUUGUGGAAAUCUUCAACAAUUCCUUAUCUGUCACUUGCAGUAACGAAGAAACCAUCGACCUCCGUUUGAUGCGUUGUUUAAAUGUUAAACACGUUAAAAAUUUAGAAUUUAUCGAUUGUUCCUGGUCGAUAUUUGCCGUCGAAAGAUUCGCUUCGAAUUAUGCCAUCGAGAAAAUAAUCAUAAAAUACACGUUAAAAUUCGAAGAUCGAUGGUUGAAACUCGAACGUGAAAAGUUGAAUUUGGAAAGUGCAUCAUUUAUAAACAUGUCGUCUCUGAAAUAUUUAGAAAUUGAAGGCGUAAGAACUUUUGACAUAUUGAAUUUGAGUUUUCACGGCGAUUCUUCCCUGAUUGCUUUUAAAAUCACAAAUUAUAAUUUUACGUCGUUUCCGCGUAAACCAUUCCAACAAUUGAAUAAACUUUCUGAAUUACAAGUGAACUUUGGUAAAUUAAAGUCUUUGCCAGAAGAACUGUUUCAUGGUCUUUAUAAUUUGAAAACACUGGACUUAAUUUACAACCUAAUUGAAUCCGUUCACCCUUUCGUCUUUCGACAUCUCCUUUUAUUGGAACAGUUAAAUUUGAGUGGCAACAAAAUACAAAGUUUACCUGAAGAACUCUUUCGUGAACUUGAUAAUCUGAAAUCUCUCGAUUUAAGAAACAACUUAAUUGAAUCCGUUCAUCCUUUAGUCUUUCGACAUCUAACUUUAUUGAAACAGUUAAAUUUGGAAGAAAACCCAAUAAAAAGUUAUUCUGAAAACUUGUUGGAAGGUCUUUCGAACUUAACAAUAUUUUCUAUUUCUGGAAAAUCCUCUCAUUCUGAAUAUUUAUUUUCCAAGGGACCACACAAUGUAACACGCUUGCGCUCUGUAUUUUUAAAAGGACUCGACAAUUUGACAGAAUUUCGCGCUUCUUACUUUCCUUUACUUCGAAUCGAAGAAGAUUUAUUUUCCCAUUCCAUUAACUUAAGAAAUGUUGUUUUCGAUUCAAACCAUGUGCUGCAUCUUCCAUCCAAUCUGCUGAAAAAUAAUAAAAAUCUGGAAGUAUUUGACUACAGAUGGAAUAAAUUAUUGACAGUACCAAACGGUAUUUUCGAUAAAUCUUAUAAACUCAAAAAAAUCAAUUUACGCGGAAAUGGUUUAGAAAACAUUUCAGAAGAUACUUUUCAAAGUUUGUCGAAUCUGGAAGAACUAGAUUUAUCAUAUAAUGACCUGACAUUUUUACCUAAAAACAUCUUUCUUUCAACGAACAACUUACGAAUUCUCCGUCUUUCUGAUAACAAUUUCAGUAAAAUUUCUUUCGACUUCAACAAUAAACUCGAAGAACUCUAUUUGGGUAGAGCGGGUUUGACGGAAUGGCCGAAUUUAAAUUGGACAAAAUACAAUUUGACUUAUGUUUAUGCUCCAUUUAACCAUUUCGAAACUGUCAAAUUGCCGAUUUACACUCCAAACCGCUUUAAGAUGAUUUUGUAUCACUGUCACAUAAAAACAAUUUACAUCGAUGAGUGGAAAUACGGAUUCAACAAACCUAAUUAUCAAUUACGUUAUAACCCAAUAACUUGCGAUCGAGAACUUUUGCAUUUCAUCAGCACUGUUCAAUCGAAUUUACAAAUUUCAUUACAAAUUUUUUCGGAUUUAAAACACAAGAAAUGUCACGGUGAAGAAAGAAAAUUGCUGGAUUUUACGCUAUUCUAUGCCAUUAGAAGCCAUUGUCCAAUGAACUGUGAAUGUUUCUCGAAAAACGACGACAUCAGAGUCGAUUGUAAUGGAAAGGGAAUAAAGAAAAUACCCGAAUUUCUGAUCGAAAAUGCAACAGUCGUCGAUUUGAGUAAUAAUUACAUAAAUGAAUUGUCAACUGUGGAUUAUCGAACGUGGGGCAAAGUCACUCGUCUGCACCUGAGCAACAAUUCUCUAUUGCAUUUUCCGGAUUAUGUUUUCUUGCCAAACAUCAAAUUUCUUUGGUUGGACGGAAAUCGGAUAACCGAAUUGUCUUCCGGAUUAAUGAAUCUGAUCGACGUUUCUGCUGAAUUCACGGUGUACUUAUCGAGAAACAAUUGGACUUGUGAUUGCCAUUCGCGAUUUACUAAAGACUGGUUGCUUCGAAACAAAAGGAAGAUUGCAGAUUUCUCCGAUGUUUUAUGCACGAAAAAUUCGUCUGUUUUCUCUUUCAUCAGAAUUAUUUCUAAUAAUUAUUGCAUACAAAUCCCAGAAGAUAAGUUCAUGUCGUUCGUAAAUGUUUCUCCUACAAAAGGCGUGUGUUUUGACGAAGUUAGUUCAGCGUUUAAAUGGAAAGUCGCAGUUGCUGUGUUUGCUUUUCUACUGUUGUUCAGUUGGAUUAUGUUUGCUUCCCUUGUUUAUUGUCAUAAAAAAAGAAAUGUCGAGAAAGUGGCAGAGCCUAACGAAGAACAAGUGAUUUACUACAACGUCUCAACUGACAAUUUGUCAAUUGAAAUGUUUAAACGCUAUAAUGAAUAAUUUUCCACAAAUUGUUGUUCUGUAUUCGUUUGUACAGAAAUUAAUUUUGUGCAUUUGAGCUAUGCUGCGCUUUGUUAGUAAGUUUUU